AUGCAAAGAGCUUUAGAGCGAGCUUUGGACCAUGCGGACCAUGUCAUUGAAAGUGCCCAACAGAGACCUCCUAAGAGGAAAUCCUCAUCUACUUGGGGGAAAUCUCUGCAUGAAAAGCUGUAUGACAUAUAUGUUGAAGAGUGCGGGAAAGAGCCCGAAGUCACGGAGGAAUUGACGAGAAAUGUGCACUUGCUAGAGAAGCUUGUUAAGAGGGAGUCCUUGCCCUGUUUAGUGGUCAACCUAUACCCAGGGGAGGAGGGCUAUUCGCUUAUGAUCAAGGGAGAAAAUGAACUCUAUUCAGAGACCAUUAGACUGCCUUAUAAUGAAAGGGACUUUCUUGAAUACUUGGAUGCAGAGGAACUGCCUCCUAUUUUGGUGGAUGUCCUGGAAAAGUCUCAGGUUAACGUUUUCCAGAGCGGGUGUGUCAUCACUGAGGUACGGGACUAUAGACAGAGCACGGACUCGGACCGCAGUGGUUACCAAAGCAGGCAUGUUCUCUUACGCCCAACGAUGCAGACGUUAGCUUCCGAUAUACAGUCCAUAACCAGCGAUAACCAGAUAUGGACCCAGGAAGACAAACUUUCACUUGAGAGCCAGCUGAUCUUAGCUACCGCUGAGCCCCUGUGCCUUGACCCUUCUGUAUCAGUAGCCUGCAUCGAAAACAAGCUGCUCUAUAACAAGCAAAAGAUGAACACUCCCCCAAUGAGAAGGAAUUUCAAGAGGUAUUCUACAGCCUCCCUGAAUUGGCAGCAGGAGCUGUCUUGUAGAUCACUCCCUCCUAAGCUAAGGGCAUGGGAUUUUCUCAAAAAAAUAAAAGAAAGGCAAGCAGGUCAGAAGGAUGACCUCAAAUUUUCCAAAGCAGGAAGUUGUGUAGAUAUGUGGAAACAGCAACCCUGUGACUUGGAGGUCCCUUCUGAAGUGGAUGUGGACAAAUUUGCUAAAGAGGAGAGGUCUGUCACAUACGAUGAUGCACAACCAAUAGUCUGGCCAGCCCUGGAGGCACAAGAUGAUUCUCUAUUUGGAUGUGAAGCUGGUGAUCCAUCCCAGAUAACAAAGCCGACCUUCAUGCAGUCUCUGAAUGAUCCACUUAUCUCUGGAAAGAGAAAGUCAGGUAAAAAAGCCAGAGGUAGGAGACAGAUGUCUCACCACCGCUCCUCCACAGAUGACCAUUCCAGUAGUUCCAGGCCUGGGUCACAGACUGGUGCUGGGAGAGCAGCCAGGCAGUCCGAGGAAUUGGUGCAGAAUUGGGUGGCACAGGGCCCCAGUGGCUCCGCCAGUCUCCGCCAGCUUUCUCCAGGGAGAGCAGCAGAACAGCCUCAGGCCAUGUCAAUUCCCUCCGCAGUGCUGGGCAUGAGAGGCCAACACAUACCUCCAGCCAUCAGCCUUCCCUGCACCUCAGGAAACAGUUCCUCAGAUAACAGUUUUUCUUCACAGCAGGCAAGCAGGGUUCGUGAGUUUCCAUCUCAUGCCCCUGCUUGGCAGCCACCAAGUCUUCCCCAGAAAUCUUCUGUGAAAGGGAACCGAGUUCGCAUACUUCCUGCAGCCACCGUUUCUACUGCCAGCGCAUCACCAAAGACCCCGGCCAGCAAGGUCAAGGCCACCUCUGCUCGUCCUAAGGUCACCAAAGUAGUAAGCCCUGCUCCUGCAGUCCAGAUGGCGUCAGUGGCAAAGGGUUCAAGUCCAAAAGGUUCAACCCAUCAAAAAGUGAUCUUACCUGCUCCGCAAGUUGCUAUCAUUAACCCCAAUGAAGUAGGAAGUUUUCUGCAGCCCCAGAUGGCCGUUUUGUCUCAGCCUAGCUCUACCCAGACAAUACCUGGGCAAAGCCCUCCCCAGCAGAGGGUUCUGUUCCCUGCUGUCAUCCAGCAGCUGCCACACUCCCAGCCAGUACAGUUGAGAAUCCUGCAGAUCCCAGUGACUGUGCCAACCACAGAAGCCCCAAACAGCUCAGUCACAUCCACAUCCACAUCCACAUCCACAUCGUGGCCAGCAGGAAGCAAGCCAGCCAAAAGGUAA